CGUGUUAUUCACAGCAAGCAGCUAAAUGGAGUACAGCUCCAGCGACACGGCCGUCUGCACCGUGGCCGCGGCCGCGGCCGCGGCGUCGUCGUCACCUCCGUCGUCGCCACAGCCACAGCCACAGCCGGCGGCGGUGGUGCUGAGCCCGUGCGCUGCGUGCAAGAUCCUCCGCCGCCGCUGCGUCGACCGCUGCGUGCUGGCGCCAUACUUCCCGCCCACGGAGCCGCACAAGUUCGCGACCGCGCACCGGGUCUUCGGCGCCAGCAACAUCAUCAAGCUCCUCCAGGAGCUGCCGGAGGAGCACCGCGCCGACGCCGUGAGCAGCAUGGUGUACGAGGCGGCGGCGCGCAUCCGGGACCCCGUGUACGGCUGCGCCGGCGCCAUCUGCCAGCUGCAGAAGCAGGCCAACGAGCUCAAGGCGCAGCUGGCGCGCGCGCACGCCGAGCUCGCCUGCGCCCGCGCCCAGCACGCGCACCUCCUCGCGCUCCUCUGCGUCGAGGUCGCCGCCGCCGCCGACUCCUCCUCCUACUCCGCCUCGCACCACCAGCUAGCCGUCGUCGCCGCCAACCCCAUGGUGGCCGUGGCAGCCGCCGACGCGCAGGCAGCCGACGCGCUCUACGUCGUCGACGGCGCCGGUGCCGCCUGCCUGCAGAUGCAGGCCAGCUGGGGCGACGAGGCGCUCUGGACAUGA